CAUCGCGCCUGGAGGAGGAGGAGGAGGAGGAGGAGGAGAAGGAGGAGGCGGCGGCGGAGCCGAGCUCAACCGGCGGCCCCGCGCAGCCCCGCCAUGCGAGCCGCCCGCUUCUCACGAUGCCGGGGAUGCCCAGGCCCCCGUUCCGGCAGCCGCCGCAGGCUCGGCGCCCUCAGCCCCUUCAGCCGCCGCCUCAGCCGCCGCCGCUCCCGCCCGGCCCGGCCCGGCCGCGGACAACCGUGGCCACGCCCCCACCACGCCCCCGCGCACGGCGGAGGGCGGUGACGUCAGCGCGCAGAGCGGCGUGGCAGCGUCCGGACGCCAUAAGGAGAAGGAGAAAUGCAUAAAGCCUCUGAUGAACAGAUCCAGGGCAGAAGAAGAAUGUUUCCUGCAGAGGAGAUUUUCCCUCCAGAUUAAGCUGCCUGUGACAUCAC